AUGGAUAUCUUUUUUGAGAAGAACUUACAAAGUCUAAUGGAGACGAUGGAGCAACAAAGACAUUCACUCUCUUCAGUGCCUAUGCUCUCUAGGCUUGAUCACUUAGAUUUCGUUACAAAUAAUCUAGAAAGACAACAAAACCUUGCCAAAUGGAAAGGCGAAAGCUCAUCUAUUACACGCGGAUUAAUUGAUAGGGGCAUGAUGGUGAGAGAAGCUCAUUUUAAAGGAUCGUUACUUGACAGAAUCGCUACUCUAGAGACCAGGCUUUUCCAGAUUUGUUUGGAGUUGGAAUCUAGUAAUGCAUCUUCUACUUCAAUUGGGGAGUCCGGUGAAACAUCAAGCCAGAGGAUUAAGAGAGAUUUGACAAAGACAUUACCCAUUUUCAAUAGCAACAUUAAUCCUUUUCAUACUCCCUUGCAACAUCCACAAGACCCUAGGGAGACUGAAACGAAGAUUAAAAAAGAGACAGAGAAGGAGAUAAAUAUUGAGAAAUCAUUACUGGAGAAUAAGAAGAAGAACUUUGCUAAUGAAACUUGCAAGCCAAAGAAGAAGACAAAAUCUCCUAAGAAAUGGUCUCGAUGUAACUUAUUGGGUUGCUAAACCACGCGGUCGGAUGGUCAAGGUGUUCUGUGGAUCUUCAAGGGAUCCGAAUUCGAAUCCGCACCACACUAGAUUUCUACAGCGUGUGGCUAUCGAAGCUUUUACAUUCUCUCUCCGAAGAAUGGUUUACCAUUUUUUUAUUGGGUUGCUAAUCUAUUUUCUUGGGACGGCAUUAUUUCAUAUUUCAUUUGAACCUAAGUUCUCCUU